AUGGCUAAAGUACUAUUUGUGAUCUGUGUACCUUCUGAAGAAGCUAAAACUGAAAAAAAUGGUUGUGGAGACAAAGACAAUAAAAAAGAUAAUGACAGUACCAAGGAUACAGGUAAGAAUGAUGACCUCGAUUCAGAAGUUAUGAGUGCUUCUGUCAGACGUCUGAAGCUCCCUAGGAAUUCUCUUCCUGCCUUGUUUGAAACUGGCGAUACAAAUAUAACGGUGACAGGAGAUUCAAAUGCUGAUGUUACAGACAUGAAUUUGAAAACUUCAGGCCAAGGAAAAGGGAGAAAAUCCUCCUUAAAAAAUAUCUUUUUGGAUGUGGGUGGAAACAAGAAUUCAAACACUGAUCCUGGGAAAACUUUGACUAAAUCCAGUUCCUGUGGUUUACCCAGACUGUCACUAUUGAAAAAUACGGAUGAGGCAUCUGAAAUAAAGAAAAUGGAAAAUGGAUUAAAUGACAAGAAAGUUAAAGUUGAUGAUGUGGAUUUAAACAAGAAGGUUGAGAAGCAGUGUAAUAAUUUUGAGAAACGUGAACAAAAUGGCCAUGUUGAUAAUGUUGACCACGAAACAGAAUAUAUCAGCUUUAUAUCUGAUGGAUUAACACUUUUGGAUAGAGUUAAGAGGGCACUUGAUUUGCUUGGCAUUUCGGCUGUUAACUGGAGCCGCACAGAGGACAAUGUUAAUGUUGGCAUGUUCAUUGCAGCCGAUGGAGUCCGUUGCGAAGAGAUCCUGGAAAAGUUAACAUUCCUAGACCUCGGGGCUAUUCCUGGAAGCUCCAUAAGUGUGUUUCCAGCUACAAUAAGUGUUGCAAGUGUUGUCAAGGACGAGCAAGCUGAAAAACUCAAACUGGAACUGGAGAAGGAAAACAAGCUUGCAGAAAAAGUCAGUGAGUUUAAGAAGUCUAUAAAGUCCAGGCUUGUUGUUGCUCAGGUUGUUGAUUCUGUUAAAAGCGAUGCUGUUUUCAACUUUGACUUCCUAAUGUUGGUGAUUCUUGCUGGGAUGGUUGCAAUUAUGGGGCUGUUAGAAGCAAGUCCAGUAUCACUUGUUGCAAGUAUGCUCAUCUCACCGCUGAUGGGACCAAUUGUUGCCUUUGUCUUUGGCACUGUUAUUAAAAAUAUGGAGCUUUUGAAAGUUGGUGUUGUUACCGAGAUGAAAGGCUUGACUUUGUGCAUUCUUGUGGGUUUUAUAUCAGGGUUUAUUCCAGCUGGGUUAGAAAGUGCUGGUAUGUCAUGGAGAUCUACAGACAGCUGGCCAACCAUAGAAAUGUCUUCCAGAGGAUCCAUCCGAGCUUUACCAGUGGGAGUCUUAAUUGCUGUUCCAUCUGGAGCUGGGGUUGCUCUGUCCAUUCUGGGUGGCAAAGUGGGAUCAUUGGUUGGUGUGGCCAUCUCUGCUUCCUUGCUGCCUCCUGCUGUCAAUGCUGGUUUACUAUGGGCAAAUGCUAUUAUAGUUGGAAUUACACCUCCUCGUACUGACCCGCUGCAGAACUCUUCAGCUACAGCAGAUGUACCAUACGAGGCCAGCAUAUCAUGCCCAACCUAUUUUAACAAUGACUACACCCACAUCUACUCCUGCAACAUGGCAGUUGAGAGUCUGGUGCUUGGUGUCAUAAGUCUUCUGUUGACAAUUGUCAACAUCAUCUGCAUAUUCUUCAUGGGCAUUCUUGUGCUCAAGAUCAAAGAGGUGGCUCCCAUUCGGUCAGUUCCAGAAGCUGAAAAAAACUUCUUUGCCAGGGAUCUUAAGGUUGCCAGACAGUCAUAUGAAACAAUGAAAGGUCCAAAUUCCUCAAUUCUUGGAAAGAAAUUUCUGCAAGAAUAUAAGAAAUUUAAAAAAGAAAUUGGUGUUGAAAACAACUUCACGGAUAAUGAGCUAAAUGAAAUCCUGGAGGAUGUAGAGGAAGGCGAGGAUGUUAAAGAGAUUUUGGACAAACUGCCUCACAGACCCAAGCGAUGG